AUCUCCACGGCGCGGGAAAAGGAAAACCAAAAACGCCCGCGGCGGAGGAACGAAUGGGGGCGGAGAAGAUGGCGAGCAACUUCUCGUUCCCGGAGAUGAAGGCGGCGCAGAUCGCGGAGGCGCUGCACAGCUACGGCAUCGCGCCCAACGCCAACCUCCGCGCCGAAGACAUCGCCAGCCCCCACCCCAACCUCCUCCCCGCCGUCCUUUCCCUCUUCCUCGUCACCAUUGCCGGCGAAGACCUCGACCAGCAGCUAGGUUUCGAGGCGCUGGAGGCGCUCGACAACCCGGAGCACCACCUCGGUGCCCUACGGGCGAUGCGCCUCUACCAGAAGGCGCGGGAAUUCCUCGAGUCCAUCCGCUUCGGGGGCUUCACGCUCCGCGACCUCCUCCGCCCCGACCCGCUCCGAGUCCGCCUCGUGCUCAGCGCCAUCAUCAACUACCUCCACUUCAGGGAUGAUAGGCUCAGCCUCCUGCAGCCCAUCGUCGACGAGUUCCCUGACUCCGAUGAGCGCGGUGCGGAGCUCAGGGCCAGGAUCGCCGAGCAUCAGAAGACAAUUGAGGAUCUUAAGCGCAAGGAGCAGAUGGAGGAGCCCAUUAUCCAGCAGCUGGAGGCGGAGGUCAACAGCCUGAAACAGAAGAUUCAAGAAUACAACAAACAGCAGAUGGCACUGCGAGGAAAAGCCAAAGUCAUAGAAGACAGAAAAGAGGGGAUCCUCAGCAAGGUCUCCCAAGCCGAUUUUGAGUUGAUGAAACAGACGCAAGAAAAUUCUAAGCUAUUGUCCAAAGUUGUUCAGUCCCCAGAAAAGCUUCAGAGGGCCCUUGAGGAGAAGAAAGCAGCCCGUGCUGAGUUAAAGAACUUAGAGAAGAUGAUGAUGCAGAAUGUCCAGGAGAAAAACAAUACUCUCGAAAUGUAUACUAAGAGUUGCGAGAAACUAUUGAAGCAUUCCUCUAGGAUCUCUGCCCUUCAGGAACAAACCAAUGCUGCUAAAAUUGCUGAGAAGGAAGUGAAAGCAUUCAAAGUUAAGAUUAGUGAUCAAAGUGUGGAAAUGCUGGCCCUCGACGCUAAAUCUGCUGAAGGGCAACGAAAAGCACAUGAAACUGAGGAGCAUCUGAAGGCAAAGGAGAAAGAAAGGGAUCAAAGAAUUGCAGAUAAUAAUCUGAAGAUGGCUGCUUUGAAAUCUGAAGUUGAACAGAAACUUAAGUGUUUUGAAGAUAGAGAAAGUAAACUAGAGGAAGAUGUUGCAAAGUCUGCCGAUUUAUGCUCUCAAGCUGAUUCAGCAGGAGUCGCUGCCAGAAAAAAACAGGAAGAAAUUUAUGCCAAAUUCGAAGUAGUUUCCGAGGCGAUUAACCACUACAUGGAUACCACCGACCAUUCCGUGAAACAAGUUGAGGUGGGCAAAGACGCUUCACGUGACACUGCUGCGUGAUGUCUUGAGAAGAUCGUGCUGCUGUUGAGUUGAACUUGAAAGUGCUCAGCUGACUUGAUUGUAAAUGUCAUAAUACCUGUGCAGUUGUGCUAGCCUAGUCUUCCACUUCUGUACAUCUCAAGAGGUGGGCAAAGACACUUUUGCAUCCCGAACCAUGUAGUAACUUUUAUCUGAGUGUGGACAAAGUGUGUAUUGCUUGCCGUUAUGGUGUUCUGCUGCUAACUUCGUAAUGGAGUUGGUAACAGGUGAUCAGCAGCAUCCUCUCUUCGAGCUUUGUGUGGAUAAAGAGAUGGUAUUGAGCAGGUAGUCGUUCUGUAGCAUCAAUGAUUCAAUCCUCUAGUUUCUGUUUCUAAACUGUGUCCUAGACAUUCUGCUCACAGUUUCUUCCGAUCUUUUAUGGGCCUAUUUUACCAAAUGGAAAUCUGUGAGUGGUAUGUCGGGAU